AUGUUAUUUUCAGCUCCAGAAAAUGAAACUAUUCGAGAUCGUAUUGAAAAAAUAUUAAAUAAAGUCAAAACUUUUACAAAUCGUAAACGACAAGAAUUACAUCAAAGUAUCGACAGUGGUUAUGUGAAUGAUUUAAUAUUAACAUUAACUGAAAGAAAAUGUGAUCAACAAAUAAUUCGUUCAUUAGAAAAAAAACAAGAAGAUAUUUUACAAGAUCUUCUAAAUUUAAAAAAUGAAACAACAAAAACAAUUGAAAAUCUUGAUUAA